UCAGUCAGUCGCGGUCGCGGUCGCGGUUAUCAUCAGUCGAGGUUGUCCGUCCGCGGGGGAAACAUCGUCAUCGCAAUGACACUGGGAGUAUUUUUGGUAGCGUUAGGUUUUACAAUUCUGCUGGCCGGAUCGCUGCAAUUAUGUUUACUGGUGGAUAAACGACGGCGGUUCUGGAAGGACCGCAACUUUCCCUGCACUGGUCGAUCCCGGAUACUUGUCGGCGACUAUGGCGAGGCCAAUCGGACCAAGCACAUGCAGGAGAUCAACCAGGAGCUGUAUCGGGAAUUUAAACGAAGGGGACUUCCCCUGGGAGGGACGAUAUUGUUCAUCAUUCAAUCGGUAAUCGUAGUCGAUUUGGAGCUGGUGAAGUCGAUUCUGGUGAAGGAUUUCAGCAAUUUCCAUGACCGGGGCAUUUACAACAACCCGGAAGUGGAUCCGAUAUCCGGUCAUCUGUUUGCGCUGGAAGGAUCGGCAUGGCGGCAGCUGCGCAUGAAACUGUCUCCAACUUUUACGUCCGGCAAAAUGAAGAUGAUGUUCGAGACCAUUUUGGGUGUGGCCGAUGAUUUGGUUUCGUUUCUUAAGGAAAAAAGUGCCGGUCGUGGCUCAGUAGAACUGGAGAUGAAGAAUGUGCUAGCGGGAUACACUGCCGAUGUUAUCGGUUCCUGUGCGUUCGGGGUCGAGUGCAACAGCUUGCGUAGUGAACGGUGCAAAUAUCGUGAAACGGCUAACGUAGUGCUGAACCAAACGGCUGGCCAAAUCCUUUGGACCAUGCUUUUGAUGUUGUUCAAACCGGUGGCCAGCGCUUUGAAACUGAAAAUGUUUAGCAAAAACAUAGAAGCCUUCUACACCGAUUUAGUGUGCGGCACCAUCCAACAUCGGGAGCAAAACAAGGUGCAGCGCAACGAUUUCAUGAACCUGCUGAUUCAGCUGAAGAACAGUGCCAAUCCGGAGGAAAGAAUCACGAUCAACGAAAUUGUCGCCCAGGCGUUCGUGUUUUUCUUCGCCGGGUUCGAAACGUCCUCCACCACCAUGGUGAACUGUUUGUUCGAGCUGGCCCGGAACCAGGAGAUUCAGGAAAAACUGCGCAGCGAAAUCUUGAAAACAUGCGGCACCAGCAAGAUAACGUACGAAAUGGCUACAUCGAUCGAGUAUCUCAACAUGGUCGUUGAUGAAACUCUACGAAAAUACCCGGCCGCUGAUUCGCUGCUGCGGAAGUGCAACAAAACAUACUUCGUUCCAGAUACGGAGCUGAAGCUUCCGGAAGGCACAUUCAUCAUCAUACCGGUCUACGCCAUUCACCAUGAUCCGCAGUACUACCCGAACCCGGAACGGUUCGAUCCGGACCGUUUUAGUGCGGCCAAUCGAGCCAGUCGGCACCCGUUUGCGUAUCUUCCGUUUGGGGAGGGGCCAAGAAAUUGCAUCGGCAUGCGGUUCGGAUUGAUGCAGACCCGCGUUGGAUUGAUUAAUAUUUUGAGGAAUUUCCGAAUUCGACCUAGCCCUAGCACGCCGGACCAGUUGAAAGUAAAUCCGGCAUCCGGGCUGCCGGUGCCUCUCGGGGGAGUUAAUCUGAUAAUCGAACGGAUUGGGGAGCAGCCGGUAGAUAACUAAAGGUUAAACCUUCAGCAAGCCAAAGUAAGAUGAUAACAAGUCGUUAUCUUUCACUCAGGGUGGCGAAGCCAAUAAUGUUUGACUUAGGACAGUGUCGUUCGAAUGAUUCGGGAUCCAAUCGAAUUGUUAAAGUAGCUUUAACUAAACUAACUAAAUCUUAUGUAAAUUUAUUGAACUUUUGAUCAGUGUAUGACUAAAAAAAAUAUUGAUUUCAAAAUGUGCCUGAAUUCUAGAAAGGCUCAAAUACAUCCAAGUUCCUGCAGAAUGGUCGGACAUCGAUUUAGGUAAAAAAAACAACAACAACAGUAAACAAUUUGACAAAACGUCAUUUUGUCUAUAAAUUUUUUUUUUUUUUGCAAAAAUCAGUAAUUUUUUUUUAUGGACUGUAAGUUUCUGUAUUGAAUAUUAUUUUCAAUUAAUAUAUCAAUAAGAAGAAUAACCCAAUAAACGUUUAUUUUGAUUAGGAA